AUGGGUCUAAUCAAGCGUCUAAAGAAGAAGUGGCAACUCAAGGGGGAGAUGAAUCUUACUGAUAUAGGGUGUAAGUAUUUCAUAGCAAGAUUUAAUAAUGCUGAUGAUUACAAUUUUGUAUUAACACAAGGUCCAUGGCUGAUUGAUGAUAAAUAUCUCACAAUUAGGAAAUGGACACCGAAUUUUAUCCCAGAGGAGGCUUCCAUAAAUGUUCUUACAGCGUGGGUGAGAAUCCCUAAUCUGGCUGUUGAAUACUUUGAUACGGAAUUUCUAAAAAAGAUAGGAGAUAAGAUUGGGAAAGUACUUAGAGUAGAUCGUUCAACUGCUUAUGCUGAACGGGGUCAAUUCACACGCUUAAGUGUUGAAAUCGAUCUAUCCAAACCACUCCUAGCCAAAUUCUGGCUAAGGGGAAAAAUUUGGAGGAUUCAAUAUGAGGGUAUAAAAAUGAUCUGUUACAAAUGUGGUUUGAUAGGACAUGCUGAGGACCAAUGUGAAUUGAAGCACCAAACUGAAGAAAUGGUUAUUGAUAAGCCCAAUGAUCAACUGAGCCUCUCAGGCCUGGAACGUAAACCACCGAAACGAAAACCUGAAGAAAUUGACGAUUUUGGCUCGUGGAUGCUUGUUAAAAAGCCGGUCCGUAAAAGAUACACUAAACCAGAAAAGUCAGCUCCUGUGAUCGGGAAGUACGACGGUAGCAAUUCAAAAAAAGAUUUACCAAUACAGGAUCAAAGCCAGCCCGGAAAGCAAGCAAAUCCGAUUAGGUUGGGGUCAAGAUUUAGGGCACUUAAUCAAGAAGAUAUUGAUAAAAUGCAAUCCCAAUAUAAUUCUAAGUUGACUCCUCAACGCCAAGAGGAAAAAAAUAUAGAAGCAAGGGAGGAAAAUAAGGAAACAGAAUUAUUUCCUAUGACUAACCAACAUCCGCAUAUUGCUACAAUCUGUUUAGGAGAUAAUUCUCAAAAUCAUCUUGAUUCAAUCCCAAAAGAUAAUCCUUUUAUUAUGGGAAAAGAUAUCCAUGGAAAAAAGAUUUGGACUCCUUCAAAAAACAACUCGAAAAGUUCUCAAAAAAGUACACUUAUUGUAUCAAAAAAUAAAAAAUUACCUCUUGCCACUAUCACGAACCAAGAUGCCACGCGAGAAGUGAUAAGAGAAUUCCCUUUGUCUGGUGAAGAGAACAUAACAAGCAGUCAGUGUGAGAAGUCAAAUCAAGAAGCCUUAGAAGCAACUUCAGGAAGUCAAGAGAUUGUACCAUUAACAGAUUCUGACAAUGAACAAUCACAUAUUUCCCCCACCUUUGAAUGUGAUUCCCCCAUUGGAAAUACUAUAUGUUGGACAGCUAAUGGAGAUCCCAUACAUGGGAAUAGCAAACCCCCUGACUCACAUAUUGGAGGUCAACAUGGACACCUGGGUGGAACCGAUUCCAGAACCAAUGGAAUUGGUAAUCACCCUACAAAUUCCCAAUGA